UUCUUAGGUUUAUUAAAUUUCUCAAUUGUUGUUUCUAAAAAUUUCUAGAACCCACCUCACUUAAUUUCUCUCUUUGUCUCUCCUCCUCCUCCUCCUACUUUCUUUAUAAAGUCCCGUACACGAAACCAUAAGAAAAAAUAUUUCCGAGGGGAUUCUGAGAGAAGUUAUGGUCUCGGGCUUGUGGGUUUUUACUCAAUCCAUAGAAUUCAUCUUGGCAGCUCACAUCCAUGGAAGCAGAUAGACAGAAGCUCUGUGAUAAUCUUGUUGGUUCUAAAUUCUUUCUUUCUGGAUUCUAUUGCUGGGGUUGGGAAUUCUUGACUGCUCUCUUGCUUUUUAGUUGCUCUAUCUAAAUCUAAUUCAAUCCCCAAUAAAUAAUACACUUAAGGGAUCUUUAAUUUUCUUCCAUAUUUAGUUACUCUUCAUAGAUACAUAGAUUUUUUUUUUUUCCUUUCUCCUUUAGAUUUCUGUUUCUGUUCUUGGGUGGGUUGGUGAGGGGUAAAUCGGGAAAAAAAUGGCGCAGCGGUCGGUUCCGGCGCCGUUUUUGACGAAAACUUAUCAGCUGGUGGAUGAUCCGAGCACUGAUGAUGUGAUUUCCUGGAAUGAAACUGGCACCACUUUUGUGGUUUGGAAAACUGCAGAUUUUGCCAAGGAUUUGCUUCCUAAUUACUUCAAGCACAACAACUUCUCUAGCUUUGUUCGUCAACUCAAUACCUAUGGCUUUCGAAAGAUCGUGCCAGACAAAUGGGAAUUCGCCAACGAGAAUUUUCGACGAGGACACAAAGAGCUCCUCUCCGAUAUCCGUCGCCGGAAAACAGUAACUCCUACGCCAACUCAGACUCCAGCUGCCUGUAAGUCUGGAGCAGGUGGAGGAUUAGCCACCUCCCCCUCUAAUUCUGGUGAAGAUCUGGGAUCCACGUCCACGUCCUCUUCGGAUUCGAAGAAUCCGGGAUCAGUGGAGACGGCAGCGACGAUGACAACGCAAGUCGCCGACUUAUCGGGUGAGAAUGAGAAGUUGAAAAAGGACAACGAGAAGCUGAGCUCGGAGUUGGCGCAAGCUAAGAAGCAGUGCGAGGAGUUGAUUGCUUUCUUGACUGAGUAUGUGAAGGUGGGGCCUGAUCAGAUCAGUCACAUCAUGCGUCAAGGAAGUUGCUGUGGGUCCACCCUUAAUGGAUUGGUCAGCGGGAUGGCCGUGGGGGCUGAUGAUCACGAUGAUGACGACGAAAAAGAUUGUAAAAACGACGACGGAGAAAAUGGUGGUGGUGGAAGUGGCAAGAGUUUCAAACUGUUUGGUGUUUUGCUGAAAGGGAACACGAAGAAGCGGGGUCGUGCUGAGAAUCUUGGGUUUACUGGGCCUGGGCCCCAUGCAAAGGAAAUUAAGAUCUGCAACUGAACAACUAGGAGGUGUUCAUGGUAAGAUCCAUGCGCCUGCGUGCUGCGUGCUGCCUGCCUCUGCACCUAAUAUGAAGAUAGAGGGUAUCAGAACAAGUCUCUGUAAUCGUCGACGUAUCAUCUGUAAUCUAGUAAUUGUGUUGGGAAUGUAAUAAAGGUGGAUCUUAUAUGCAUAUACAUGUGUAAGUGCAUGUGUGGAUGUAUUUGUUUCUUAUUUGCAAUAAAAUUUAUGUCUUAAUAUAUAAUUAAAA